GGGCUCCGCCCCCUGCAGGUAUGCUCUGUCUCAGCUCCUGUGAACACAUCAGUGUGUCUUAUCUACAGCUCAGAGAUGGAGGAGGCUGUGGUCGGACUCGGUGCCGUUACCGUGCUGGGCGUCCUGGAACAAGCUUAUUUCUCCCUGCAGGUCAUCUACGCCAGGAGGAAGUACUCCGUUUCCCCUCCCAACACCAACGGACCGCCUGAGUUUGAGCGGAUCUUCAGAGCUCAAGUAAACUGUUCAGAGUAUUUCCCCAUCUUCAUCACUCUGCUGUGGAUGUCCGGCAUCUUCUUCAGCCAAGGUGUGUCCAGCUUCUGCGGGCUGCUGUACUUAUACGGACGGCUGCGUUACUUCAGGGGAUACGCCGAGUCGGCACACGGGCGUUUGUCGCCGCUCUACUUCAGCGCAAAAGUUCUGUGGGUUCUGAUCGCGUUCUCAUCUGUUGGAGUGUUCCUCACGUUCUGUCGAGUUUACCUGAAUGUGGACCUGCUGCAGGAGCUCGGCUUCUUCUGACCCAAACGAGGAGGAGGAGUGAUGAAGGCGCCAGACACCAGAAACCUGACAAUUAACUAAUAAAUAUAAUUUUUUAAUACAUUUAGUGAAUUUUUAAUUUAUUUAAUAAACUCAUCAUGU